CGGUCCCUCAGUUGACGAUCGAACAACGCCACGAGAUGAUGAUAUCAUUGGUAUUCCUGCUGGGCCUCAGCUGUACUUUCUAUAGUGGAUCCACAAUGCUGACUGCCAAAUCGGAGCCAAGCAUCAGGCAGUUGCUGGAAAAACAGCAGCUGAAACUAACUCAUCUAGAGUUUACACUGAGGCAUGUCCUAAGCAAGGUUUUGUUCCUCACUGAUGCCGAUGUGCAUGCCCCAAGAAGGUCGCCACCGGAUCCCCUGUUGGAGUUAUCACAGCGCAUGAAUCAGCUGCUUCAGCGGCUGCAAAGUGAGGAGAGAGCCGCAGAUAUUCUCAGUAGAAUAGAAGCGAAAAUCAAUGCAUCAGAAUGUCAGGAAACUACUUCAAAUGAGACUUUAGUCGACUACAAAGCAGAGGCAGUGGCAAAUGUAACAGAGGAACACGAAAAAAAGGAACUACCGAAACUGGAUCCAAUGCAACCAGCCAAGGCUGACUGCUACGAGCUGGAGGACGCCACACGACGGGAUGGCGUCUAUAAAUUCCUAGUGCCAGAACUGAACGAAGUCGGCCGCGAUUUCAAUGAGCGCUUCUGCGCCUUCACCUUGGAUGGUCCCGCCUGGACGGUGAUACAGAGUCGCGGACCCUACCGGCAGCAGGAGAACUUUAAUCGCACUUGGGACGAGUACCGUACGGGGUUCGGUAGCUUGGAGCGGGACUUCUGGUUUGGCAACGAAUUUAUACACAAGAUUGUCUAUCGCGACGAUCACAUGCUGCGCAUCGAGCUGGAGGAUCAGGAGGGGGCGCGAGAUUGGGGCGAGUACGCGGUGUUCCGGCUGGACAGUGAGAGCUACAACUACCAGUUGGUUAUCGACGGCUACCAGGGUUCCAUGCCCGAUGCCCUGGAGUACCACAACAAGAUGGAUUUCAGCACUUGCGACCGCAGGAACGACCAGAGCCCGCGCGACAGUGUGCCCUGUGCCGUGCGCUUUGGCAGCGGCUGGUGGUUCGAUCGUUGCCAGGAGUGCAACCUCAAUGGGAUCUAUCCAGGAUCGGGCGGUUCGGGUAUCAUCUGGGCAGACUGGCGCAGCGGUAAUUAUACCUUGACGACGGCCCGCAUGAUGAUACGACCCGUACUCUUUGUUCCGGCCACCGCGGAGGACAUUUACGACGAGUAAUCCUCGAGCACUUUUAAAAUUUAAAUAGAAUUUAUCAUCAUUUUGAUUGCCUUUUUGAUCGUUACCGAUAAGUUCCUCCUCCUAAGAAGCGUUACCGAUAGGUAUCGCGGCAAGGGGUCUAAAAGUCCAUCGAAGGGAUGAUCUAAAUACUUGUUUGGUUU